CGCUGGGGCAAUGCUAGGGGGCAGUUCCAGAGAAUAAAGAGAAGUGGGAAGGGAUGUGAAACUUGGCCAUGGGACAGCACCGCCUCUGCUGGGUGUCCCACAGGGGUCCCUGGGAGAAGGACAGGAGUAUCCAGUCGUGUUGACGACCAGAGGCAGUGGCAUCAUGGAAGCCCCCUGGGGCUGGCUGGUGAUCGGUGUGCUGGCCUUGUCCCUGGCCUCUUCAGUGACGGAGGACGUGUGCCGAGCAGAGAACGGAAAGGAUGGGGCCAAAGGAAUACCCGGCCGCCCUGGGCAGCCAGGCCUCAAGGGGGAGCAAGGGGAGCCGGGGGCCCCUGGCAUCUCGACUGGCAUCCGUGGCCUUAAAGGAGACCAGGGAGAUCCUGGGCCACCUGGAAAUCCUGGCAGAAUGGGCUAUACAGGGCCCAGUGGCCCCAUAGGGCCCCCUGGCAUCCAAGGGUUGAAGGGCAUCAAGGGCAGCCAGGGAGACAUCAAGCACCAGCCGCGGCCGGCCUUCUCGGCCGUGAGACGGAACCCUCCGAUGCGCGGCAAUGUGGUCGUCUUCGACACGGUCAUCACCAACGAGGAGAACCCGUACCAGAGCCACUCGGGCGAGUUCAUCUGCUCCGUGCCGGGCUACUACUACUUCACCUUCCAGGUGGUGUCUAAGUGGGACAUCUGCCUGUCCAUCGUGUCCUCUGGGAGGGGCCAGGCCCAGCAAUCCCUGGGCUUCUGUGACUCCAACAGCAAGGGACUCUUCCAGGUGGUGUCUGGGGGCACCGUGCUCCGACUACAGCAGGGAGACCGGGUCUGGGUUGAAAAAGACCCUGUUAAGGGCCGCAUUUACCAGGGUUCAGAGGCGGACAGCGUCUUCAGUGGCUUCCUCAUCUUCCCGUCCACCUGAGCCUGGGAAGGACCCCUCCCCACCGUGACUCUGCUUCCUGCUGUGUGACCCUGGCCCACUCACUCCACCUCUCUGGUGUCUGUGCUCUGCUCUGUAAAGCGGGGGUGCUGUUGCUUUAGCUGCCUGAAGGAAGGUCAUUUCUUAGAACUCUUUCUGGAAUAAAUACCUGAGUCCAUGUC